AAUUCGCUCUAACUGACAACAUCCGGUUAAAAUGGUGGCAAUAUACUUUUACCACUUCUACUUUUACUUUUACCAAAGUAAAUAACCAACUGGCAAUACGAUGACACACGACAGGUCUGAGACGAAAUCAUCAAAACUCUCAGAAAAGAGAAGUAGUGAUGAGAGAAGAGGCAAGGACAGAGAGUCGCCUCCCACAAAGGUGGUGAUUCGGCGCCUUCCUCCUUCACUGACACCAGAGGUGUUCCUAGAGCAGGUGUCCCCUCUCCCAAAGUAUGACUUCUUCUACUUUGUCAAGGCUGACAUGAGCUUGGGUCAGUUUGCCUUCACUAGAGCCUACAUCAAUUUCCAAAAUGCUGAGGACAUGUAUACCUUCCGAGAUAAAUUUGAUGGCUAUAUCUUCAUCGAUAGCAAGGGGAAUGAGUACCCAGCCAUUGUGGAGUUCUCUCCCUUCCAGAAGGUUCCCAAGAAGAAGGUGAAAAAGCCAGACACCAAGAAAGGGACUAUAGAACAAGACUCGGACUACCAGAAGUUUUUGGAAAAUCUGCAGAAUCCAGAAUCUGAACCAGCCGCCACCAUUGACUCCUACCUGGAGGAGAUUGAGCAGAGAGAGAAGGAGAUGAAAGCAAACCAUGGAUGUCCUAAAACAACAACGCCACUGAUUGAGUUCCUCAAGAGGAGAAGAGAGGAGAAGAAAGUGGCCAUCCAGGAAAAGGAUGAAAAGAGAAAGAGGAGGGAGAAGGAGAAACUGAUGCGAGAGAAGGAGAAGAUGAGAGAGAAGGAUGUCAAAGACAAGGACAAGGAUAGGGACAAGGAGAAGGACUCAAAGAAGGAAGACCAGCCCGUGAAGUUGCUGAAAAACCCUGAGAGGGAGAAAGACAAGGAGCCAGCCAAACCAAAGGACGAGAAACCAACAGGCAGGGAAAACCUGAGGUUCUCAAAGGAAAACCGAGAAAGAGAGAAAGCCAAGAAUGAGAAAAGAGAUGAAAGACCGAAGUCUGGGAGGGACACUGGUCGAGGUGGGGAGAAGGGGAGGCAGGGAAGGGAGGAUAAGUACAGCGAAAAGUCUGGGGAUAAAUACGACAAGUACGAGAAGUCCCGACCUAGCAGAGAGGAUCGGGGAGACAAGUCAAGAUCUUACCGAGAUGACCGUCCGCCUGAUCGACACCGGUCUGCAAGGAAUGAUCGUGACAGGAUGAGAGACGAUCGUCCCAAGUCUGGUGGCUAUGGCAGAAAACAGGAUGGAUACUAUGACCGUGAUGACAGACCAUCACGUGGUAACCAUGACGACAGGAAAAAAAGCGACCGCUAUGAUGACCGGCCUAGAUCCAGUGGUUCCAACACUGACAAUAAACGAAAACAAGACAGUGCACAAAAGGAGGAUAAGAAAGAGGAAGGACGGGACGAGAGGCCGAAGUCUGGCAGUAAGAGCGGCUCGGAGGAGAAGAAGAAAUUGGAAACGUCGCAGGAGUCAAGUAGCAAGAGGGAAGGGGAGGCAACUCGUCCUGAGCGUGAGAGACACAAGGUUGAUAGUAAGAGUGGGGAAAAAUGUAACGCGGAUCCUAAGGAUGUAAAAAUAGACGACAAACGGAAAGACGAUAACCGAUCGAGCUCUUCGAUCAGUAGAGGAGAGGAGAGUGAGAAAAGUGGACAGGAAGGUUUUGGGGACGGUGAUGAGAAAAAGAGACGACGCAGGGAUCGUCCUGAGCGACAAAUCUAUGUCCCGAGAAGAGCGUUGGAGAGACAGAAACAGGAAGCUACCAAAGACGGGAAGGAAGGUCAAGGUGAUAAGGGUCAAAGUACAGAGAAGAGUGACAGCGAAAAAGGUCAAGGUUGAAGAAGGGGCGGGAUUUUAUUUAUUGGGUCUUACUGAGCAUUGUGCGAGUCCUAAAGGAUGCACCAUGCAUCACUUGUACCUCUGAUAUUUAUGUUCACAUGAGAUGCUCUUCAUUUGAUAUUUGAAGAAAUAUUUGUAAAAGGAAAAGGAAACAAAAAACUUAUCACAUAAAUAUAUUUAAUUAAAUUUUUUUUUAAAUGGUGAGAAUGUUUUAGACAAGUCUUCAGUUCACAGUAGUCAUUAAUUUCUUCUCACAGUGAGAAUCACAUUUUUCGCAGGUGGUUUUUCCUUUUCCUUUCAUUUGUAUUUUCCAAAAUAUUUGAAGACCUUGAAACUGAGGCAGGGCAUAUCAGACAUGAUUUGGUUCCAGUGCACUCAUGAUGUGGUUAAUGUGGUGGAGACACUUUGUCCUUUAUCACUGAGAUGAGAUGGGCAACUCUGUCGGUGAUGAAUGUGGUUCUGAAAAUAAACUUAUGCAAACAA